AUGAAUGUAAUUGUUGUAAACGGAAGCAAAGUUUCAACAUAAUAUGGUGAAUUCAAUGCUUAAGAAUAAUCAGACAUAGAAUUUAACCAUUUUUAUGGAAUGAAGGAUAGGAGGAGUUGGGUAUUUAAUAAUAAAAACUUCAAGAAAGAUGUGAAAGAAGAUGAUAACUUAGAUGAUUAAUCAUGCUUCUAGUGUUAAGAUGAAACUCAAUUAUCACAAUUUUUAAAACAUAAUUAUGUCUCCAAAAUGGAAGAGGAUUUUCAAAAAGAUUUCAAAGUUUAACUGAGACAGAGAAGUUUUGAUGAUAAACAUAACGGACUUGAUUAAAAUAAAAGCAAACAGGUUGCAGCCCAUAAUUUAGUCACUGAUACUUAGAUUGGGGUUCUAUAAAAAUAAUAAUAGUAGAACUAAUAUAAAAAUCAAACUAGUAACUCUAUUGACUCAAAUGAAUCAAGUAUAGAUGAUUAAAUUGACAUUAAAGCCCGCCAAAUAAAUAAGACGAAAACACGUAGACAAGGAUUGUGUAACGUUCAAAAGAAACUGAUUGAAAAUAAUUUAUUUGUUAAGCUAGGAAUUAAAAAAGCUCUUUCUUUAGGAAAAGGUCUAUCUCUCCUUUUCAACAUUCAUAAAUUUAUAAAUAAACUAAAAAAUAUAAAUGGUACUAAAUUCAAAAAUCUACAAAGAAGUACCUUUGAAAUAAUAAAUGACGCAUCAAUGAACUACGACUAUUAUUACUACAGAAAGAGAUUUACAUAAUCCCCAUCAUUCUAUUAAAAAUUGAUGUAUUACAUAAAAAGUAAAUAAAAUUUCUUGAUUUCUUGA